AUGACCGCAUCAGAUUCCCCUUCCAGUGGGAAUGUUGCUUCUCGACCGAAGCAAAGAAAACCCGCCAACCGGCGCACGCUCAGUUGCUAUCCCUGCAGAAAGCACAAGCUAAAGUGUGACCGCCAGAUUCCUUGUCAGAGCUGCAUCAGAUAUCAGAGAGAAGAUCAAUGCAAGGAAAAUCCGGCGCCAUCUGCUUCGGCGCGCGUUGCGUUGCGACAAUCGCCUCCAAGUAUUGCGCCGGGAUACUUGCCGGAGUCACCUAAUCCAGAAGGCGACUAUAUACUAGAAAUUUUGAGUUCUCCGACAAAAUACUCAAUAGAGCAACUUGUGGAGUUCUGUCAAGCAAGUACUCGUCUGGAUCCGGCGUAUUCGAUGAUGUUUCUCCAAUCACGGUUUACACUGCCCGUCCUGCUACCCCAUUCCUUGCCUAUCUUAAGUGAAACGAGAGGCAAUUCGUCAUCCUCAAUACCUCGCUCUAUUGACUCCAAGUUAUUUUGGAAAUUGCAGUUGACCUCAUUGCUACCACCCCGAAAACUAUGCGACAAGCUUGUGUCGUAUUACAUAGUGAAUAUCGACCUCAUAUAUCACGCCCUUCAUAUCCCCACCUUCCAGCUCCAGUACGAUGGAUUUUGGUCUUUAAACGCUGCUGAGAUUGAUCUCAUAUGGCUGGCACUGCUGCUGACAAUAAUAUCAUUGGCAGCACUCAUGAGCCCCAAGGAAUACAUGGAGAUGUUGGCAAUGGAAAACUCGAUUGGCCGUGACUGGGCCCAUGUCUGGCAUCAAGCAUCUCGCCAGGCGCUGUAUGCUGGUGAAUAUGAGUUGAAGCCGACUUUGACGCAGCUGCAAGUAUUUUUGUGUACUCAGAUAUAUUGGCUGGAGACUAAGCAACAUGAGGUAUUGAAUUCAGCUCUAGGCCAGGCAGUAAGAAAUGCACAAGCCAUCGGGUUGGACAAGAACAGACCUGGCAAAAAUCGCCUUGAUACUGAACUUAGGCGUCGUAUCUGGUGGGAGCUCAUAGUUGAUGAUUGUUACCAAGCUAUGUGUUUGGGUCGUCCACCUUUGAUUCACCCUUCAUCCUCCGAGGUACCAAAGCCGGUUCAUUGUAACGACGUCGAUGUCACCGAAACCUCCAUCACACCACGUCCCAUAGAGGAGAUCACCGACAUGAGUGCUAGCACUGCGCAUAUUGAGGUUUAUAUCAUCUUCCGUCGAAUAUUUGAAGACAAUGGUUCCUAUGCCUCGUCGUACGAAUAUGUUCGGUCAAUCGAUCGCCAGAUUCAAGACGUUGUAUCACGAUUUCCUUGGUACUUUCAAACCAAUAACGAAUUCAAUGUUUGCCACGCGUCAAGCAUGAACGUCAUUACCUGGCAGCACAGUCUACUGCAUAUUGGUAUUUGUCUACAGCGGAUUCGGCUGAACAGGCCUUUCCUUCACGCUCGUAUUGGUGAAUCAUGGAUAGUCUGCGCAAAAGCCGCGCAAGAUAUGUUCGUGCCGUAUCGGCGAAUGCGCGAGAACAACGUAGUUGGAUUUCUGAGAUCGCAGAGAUUUACCUCACUUGAAUACCAGGUCUAUACUGCUGCGGUGGCAGUAGCGGCAUUCUUGUUAGUGGAACGCUCCUUACCUGGAUUAUCUUCACAGUUGAUGAUUCAGGAUAUCCAGAUGGUGAUAUCGGAUUUGGAACAGGUAGAUCUCAGACCCAUGCUGGCUGAUGGAGUCAAGGUGUUGCGAAAGAUGCUUGAUUUAUUUGAGCAGGAUCAGGGCAAAGACUCACUGGCGCGCGCCUCACUAGUGAAAGAAAUUGCGUCUGUUUUUGGUGGAGAAGAGCUUGCAAAGAAAUAUUUGAAGCGGUCUGACGAUGACAUGACCAGCUCUACUCAGGUUACACGCACACCGCAACCACUCACCACAAGAGAGCCGGACUUUGAACGUUCGAUUCCUCCCAGUACCGAGCAUCCGAGCAUUGAAGUCGACAAUUUUUUCAUGACUAUCGAUGAUUUUACGUCUAUGGACUUUGAGGUUGCAUUGGACAUGUUGAGCUUCGAUCAGUGGCUAGACUAUCCGAUACCUGAGGACACAGGUGCACCACUUGAACAGUGGUAA